UGUUGCAGCCCAUCCUCUCUACGACAACACCGUCUUUGUUCAUUAAUUCAAUCUUGUGGACGACAUAUAAAAAAUUAAUUAAUGCAGUCGAAAUGAUUAUCCGUCUUAGUUGUUUAAAUUCGGAUAUUGAUUGAACGAACCAUUCACGGAUCGAUCGAGAACCCUGCACUAGGGCAUCUCUGAUAAUUUUUGUGGCCAUGAUAUUUCGCGUGUCCUGGGUUGGCCCCUUUAAUUACUCUGACUGUCCCUCCGCUUGUCCAGUAGUAUUCUAUCCGAAAGAUCAACGCGUCAGAGCAGCGCUAACAUAUUUUGGUGAAGGUCGUGAGUUGUUCUUGUAUUCCACAAUGUCUCUGGCUAAGCCUGCAAUGCGAGGACUCCUCGGGAAGCGUCUGAGGUUCCACUUGCCCAUCGCCUUCGCCCUGUCAUUGGUGGCUGCAGCAGCUUUCAAGUACGGUGUAACAGAGCCCAGGAAACAGGCCUAUGCUGAUUUCUACAAACAAUAUGUUGCCACAAAGGAGUUCAACAACAUGAGGGAAGCUGGCAUUUUUGAAAGUGUCAGGCCAACUGGCGAAUAAACCCCUGUUGCAUCCCAUUGUGCAUUCCUAGUCUGACGUUCCUGCACUGUGAUUUACUGAUCGAAAUAUUGCUGUUAUGUUCUCAUAAAUAAACUAUUCUCUAUGGUG